AAAUAGACUCUCAUCAAUCUAACAUAAUAUGCCUUAAAUACAAAUCUAAAGGUUCAGAUUUCUUUGCGUAGAUACCUCACUCGUUCGCUGGAAAAUAAGUCAUCAGUCUUCUGUAUUAUUUAUUUAUGAGUUUAACUAUACAUGCUGAUUACUAUAUUUCAUUAUUUUACACUAGUGUGAAAAAUGACGUCACGUCCUCAGAAUCGCAGUUUAUGCGGUUUAUUUAAAAAUUGUUUUGGGUAGGUAAAUAAUAAGGUUUAUUUACAUAAAAUAACAUUUUUUGUGAGAAUAAGCCAUACUGACUAAUUUAAAACAGUUUUUAGAAAUAAUGAAAAAUGCCCAAAAAAUCCACCUUUCGCAAUCCGCUCUGCUCUAACCACUAAGCUACCCAAGACCUAACAGGACUAGGAAAUGUUUCAAGCACUUGUUACUUUUCGCUACUACAGAGCGUAUUUUCAUCAAUGUUCAGGCAACCCACCCAAACAGCCAAAAAUACUGACAUGUUUUUUUCUAGGAAUUUAUGAUUGAAGAUAAUGAAUUGAUAAAUAAAGAGGAGCUUCCCGUAGAUUAUUCUGCAGACUAUUGGGAGAAGCGUUAUAGUAUCCAAAGAGACAGAGUUCCUAAGUUUCUUGAAAAGUUUACCGACAUCAUACUCAGGACUGGAAAGUAUCUUAAUGUAAUCAGUCAGUGUGGUAAGCCAAUAACGAAAACCAACACUGAAGAAAUCAAAUACUCUCUGAGGGAGCAGAACUAUGGUGCCAUUAUACAGAAAGCUUACGCAUAUGCUAGCAAAUCUCUGUUAGAACUGUUACUCAAAGAAUAUGAUCUGAUGGGAAGACUGAAAUCUGUCAAAAAUUAUUUCCUAAUGAGUCAAGGUGACUUUAUUGUGCAAUAUAUGGAUGCAACAGAACAAGAACUCUCGAAAAAGAUUGAUGAUAUUAUACCCUCUAAGUUGGAAUCUCUUUUAGGACUUUGCUUAAGGUAAAAUAUUUUUAUUUUAAGUAUACUUAUUCUAAAUGAUAUCUUUUCGUAGUAAGGAAUGAUUCUUUUUUGUUAGAAAUAAUAGUCAAGUAGCCAACUUGACAGUUAUCGUUAUAAAAUAUAUUGGAAAUGGUAACUUAUGUGGUAUUUUAGUUGUAAAAUAAAUUGUAAGUAUAUUUUAGGUUUGCGAAAUUGUUACUUAUAAUCUGUGAAUCAAUAUACUAAACGUCAACGUCUUUGUUGUGAGUGCAACCAAUACUCGUGUUUAUUGAAAUGGGACGUCACGGCUCGAUCAUGUGACUGAUUGUUUUCGCGGUUGACUCAUUUAAAUUAAUUAAUAAAAUCAUGUUUUUCCUUUAUUAAAUAACAAGUUUUGGAGAAAAAUAAUUCUGAUAGUGAUUUAAUAUAUGAAAGUUUAUAAAAACUUAUCCCAAAACAGUCAAGUAGCCAAUAAUAAAAACUUACACCGUUGCGGGGUGUUCUUACACCGUUGCGGCGUGUUCAGUAGAUAACACUAAUGUUAAACGCGCAAAAAAAAAAUGAAAUAAAAAUAUAUAUAUAUAUAUAUUUUCCGAUAACUUUAAAUAAACUAUUAUCUCAUAAAAGCUUGUUUGAUUAUGAAUUUAAUAUAAUUAUUAUCUGUGUCUUAAUGUGUUGUUUUUACUUCCUUAGACUCUCUGCAGCUAGUCACGACCCUUACAAUGAAGAUAUGAGGGUUGAGCUAUUGCCAUAUGAUUUGCAAUUUCAAAUGUUCAAGAUUUUAAUGAUCGAAACCGAAGAUGAGAAAGAAUAUAAGCAAAAUAAGGACUGUCCACCGCUUACUGGUAUCGAGACAUUCUCAUUUGGAAUGGAAGUGAAAUGGCCAGUGUCACUUAUACUCAACCAUAAAGCCAUCGCCUGCUAUCAAAUGAUAUUUCGACACCUGUUUUAUUGUAAACAUGUGGAGAGGCUACUAUGCAGAGUGUGGCUGUACAACAAGGUAGUGAAACGAUUCUCCGAAGCGCGUUUGUACGCAGACGCUUUCGCGUUACGCCAGCGCAUGUUGAGCUGCAUACAACAUCUACAGUAUUACAUGUGUGUAGAAGUGAUAGAACCUUCGUGGUGUCAACUGAUACAAAGCCUCGAUAAGGUAAGUUUUUUAAUAUUAAUCACUGCUGCUCCUUUUUUAACCGAUCACUAUCUUCAUCUUCCCUGUUCCCAUUAUUUGGGGUCGAGUCUCCUCGUAUAUUUGCGCAAGGCGAUUCUGUCCUGGGUGUCCUGUCUCUAUAGGCAUUUUUGAUAUUUUCAGGUCAUUGAGUGUCGUUGACCACUAGGUCGCGGGGGGAGGGGAACGUCAAUAUCAUAAUUUUAUAAUUAUUGAAGUGGUGAAAAGGGUGUUUGCUAUUUCACAUGUACACAACCAGAAUGUUUUAAACAAUGCCUGUAGUAAAUUUGCA